UGACUGCAUUGAGCAAUCCUUUAUACAAUCCACCCUUAGAAUUUACCUGUAUUGUACAGUGAGUGCUGUGCAAAGUGUUUUUUAGUGGUGAAAAAGUGCACUGAAAAAACAAAAAUGAAAAUGAAAACACUUUUAGCAAUUUUUGCUUUCUGCCUAUUGGGACACACAGCGCACGCAUGGGGUGGCUUAUUUAAUAGAUUUUCGCCAGAAAUGCUUCAAAAUUUAGGGUACGGAGGACACGGGGGAUUCGUGGGUGAAUUGGAAUUAGAAGAAAAAUUGCGUGGAGACGACGAAGGUAUUUUGGAGGAGUUUGCGAAGGAAGGAGAGGAGGAUGCCUGCCUGUAUCACGCUUGUACCGCCAAUGAACAUUGUUGCCCUGGAAUGAUAUGCGCAGACGUUGAUGGAGGUUCGUGCAUCUUCGCGUACGGCCGCCGCGUCGGCGAACUGUGCCGACGAGACAGCGACUGCGAGUCCGGAUUGGUAUGCGCCGAAGCAGAGCCGGGAGUUCCUUCGACAAGAGUAUGCCGACCGCCAGUGCACCAGGACAAACAGUACAGCGAACCCUGCAACAUGUCCAACGAGUGCGAUAUCUCGAGGGGAUUGUGCUGCCAACUUCAGAGACGUCACAGACAAGCGCCACGCAAAGUUUGCUCGUACUUCAAGGACCCAUUGGUGUGCGUAGGACCCGUAGCCUCCGACCAGAUCAAGAACUCGAUCCAACACACUGCUGGCGAAAAAAGGCUCACCGGAAUGGGGGCCUACAAAAGACCCAUGCACUAAGCCGCACCCCUUGCAUCCCGUUUAAACACUGUACAUUCAACUAAACAAUACGAUUAGAGCAAUGAAAUUGCGUAGUACGACCUCAAUCUUCUUUAAACUUUUUAGGAAACUUUGUCGGUUUUGUUUGUUUAUUCUUCGUAUGUUUUGAGCCCUCCAAACGCGAAAUAAAUCGUACUACGAAAAUUUCAGAAUUAUACAUGAGUACCAUAAAACUUAGAUUUACUGGCUGAGGUAAUUUAUAGUUAAUUAAGGUGUUUAAUCAUUAAUUAACUGGCCUAGGAAUUAGUUUCGAAACAUAUCGUAGUUUAUAGAGGUAUAUGCAUACAGUGCAUGAGGUUAAGUGUGCUUCUGAUAGAGAACACACGGAUAAACGUAUUUUACAGUACUUCUACUUUAACCGUCUAACUGUGAUGAUUUAUUAUGGUGGCACCAAAAAACUAUUUUAAACUUGACUGUUGGCUGUUGCGAUAUGUUGGUUUUUUGAAAGUUUAUUGGAAAGUUUUUGGAUGUCAUAUUUAAAACGGUUUUUUGGUUUAGACUUAAUAAAUAUAGGCGCUACGUACGCAAAACGUACGAGUUGAUACAUAUCAUACUAUACAUAUCAAAUUAACUAUAUAUUGAUGUUAUAUUAUAUUGUGAAAUAAAUAUUUAAUAAAUGUCUACAGCAAUUAUCUCAUACAGCUUGUUUUAUUUAUCUUUUGUGGCAAAUAAAACUAUUUUUUUAUAAAUGAUUACCUUUAUUGAUAUUUAUUUAUAUUCAUAAUUAAUUGGAAUUUACUCAAAUACAAAAAUUUAUACAUAUAAAUACAAUGGUAAAAAAUGGCCAAAUGCUAGGUAGACAUGGAAUGAAGAAGGCACUAUAUAAAAUAUUAAAUUAGAAAAAACAUGAAAUAUAAAAUUUACAUACCUAAAUAAAUAAUAGAUAAAUGCUUGGAGGAAAUUAAUAAUAAUAAUAUUAGAUGUAACACAAUCUUAACCCGACAUAAUUAGUUUUACAAACUCCUCAUAAUUUACAUUGCCUUGGGAGUCUUCUUGGCCUUGAAGGAGUUGCUCAACCUAAAAAAUAAAAUA